AUCUCAGCGCGGGAGCGGGUUCGUGGGAUCUAGGGGACAAUAGGUGCCUCUGGCAUUUGCUAGUAUCGAAUGUGAUGUGUUUAUAAUACGUGCAUCACUGCCAGCUGUUUUCCUGGCCUAGACAGCGACAGCUGCGCAGCCAAAUAGAUAACUUACGAACCAGCUAGCUCUUAGUUGGCUAGCUGCGCAGCGUUAGCUUCCCGGCGCCGAGGAGAACGAACACCCCCGGUCUUCACGUCCUGAUCAUACGUUUCACUUCUUUUUAGUCAUAUAUGUCAGUGAGACAGGCCGACUGACUGGUCGUGUCGGUCUGUUGUAAGGAGAAAUGUUCCAGCUCCCGGUGAAUAACCUCCCAAGAAUCAGGAAAGCCAGAAAGAAAGUGAAGAGAGCUCUCGAAGACAUAGGGCUCGAGUUCUGCAAGGAGGCAGCAGAGGAAUUCAAAGAGUUUAGUCCAGAUGAACAGGUUGUAAAGAGCACUCAAGGAUUUGACAUCUGCUCAUGGGAUCCAUCAUGUUCAAAGACACAGGAAUAUCGAUCCAAGCCAUUUUGCUGUCAAGAGUGCCAGUUUUCUUCCAAAUUCUACUCAGGCUACAAAAAUCACUUUCGUAAUGUACACCGAAAACUCUUGGAUGGUAAACUACUUCUCAACUGUCCCUACUGUGCAUUCACGGCAACCAAGAAAACCCUGGAGGUGCAUGUUAAAAUAUUCCACGCACCCAAUCAAGGACAGCAGAAUUAUGGGAUGUCACAGGGCACUGCGCUGGGAGCUCAAACGAAAAGCAAAAAUGCCUUACACAGAAUUCUAAAAUCUGUGUACUUUUGCAAAAAGUGCACGUUUCGUGAUUCUCUCUACAAUGUUGUUAAAAGACACAUUUACAGAGAGCAUUUCCAGCAUGUUGUCUCACCGUAUCUUGGUAUGGCUUCUGAUAAAUCUGUUAAAGGUAGGUCUUCCUCUGUUAAUGGAAGCAACAUCUACUGUAAGCAAUGCCAGUUCACUACUCGCAUGUACGAGGCUCUAGUGCAGCACGUUUUAGAGUUUCAUGAGCGAGUUGGUUCUCAUGUAACAAAUAUGAUUGGGCAUGCUAAUGUUUUGAACUCGGUUCCCCAUUCUCUACCUACAAUGAAUCAGAACGCUCAGGCUGUUGCCAAAUGUGUCACUCCCUUGUCUGAUGCAGUUUCACAGCCUGUUAUUGGCUAUCUAAAGCCAGUGGCCCCCGUUGUUGAGAAUCCACCCACUGUCCCAAGCAGUCAGGCGUUAGCCGUUACUGCUGUCAACAGCCCUGUUGCUGAGAAUAAUCAGACUAAUGUAAACACAUCCCAAACACAAAAGUGGAAGAUAUGCACUGUUUGCAAUGAACUUUUUCCUGAAAACCUCUACAGUGCUCAUUUUGAGAAUGCUCACAAGGCCAAGAAAGUGUGGGCACUGGCCAAGUACAUCAUGAAAAUCCACAACUUCACCAGCAAGUGUUUGCUUUGCAACCGCUAUCUGCCCAGUAGCACACUACUUAACCAUAUGCUAACACACGGCUUAACGUGUCCACAGUGCCAUUCCUCUUUCCACGGUGUUCAUCAAAUUGUGGAUCAUGUUGCUCAGACCCACCCUGGUGAGUUUGUUGGGCCUGUUGGCGCAUCACCUCUUACCUUUGAUCUUUCCAUAAAACAAGGUCAGUCCAGAAACAUUCAGCUUUCUGUGCUCACUUUUAACAUGAAGAAUUCAGUCAAUGGUCAAGAUCAAUCAACACCUGCCCCCCAAAAUGCUGCUCCUCCCCCUCGUCCUGUCAUAGCACCUCCUGCCAAGAUAGUAAACAAGUACACUGAGCCAAAGAGUUUGGUUGCACUUUUCCACAACAGCGGUGGUGGAAAGACUGUAUGCCCACUCUGUUUCUCCAUCCUCAAAGGUACCAUCUCAGAUGUCUUGGGCAUGCACCUGAGGGAGCGACAUCAAGUGCUUCAAACCAUGCAUCCUGUUGAAAAAAGGAUGACAUACAAAUGCAUCCAUUGUUUAGGGGUGUACACUAGUAAUAUGGUAGCAUCCACAAUCACACUGCAUCUUGUACAGUGCAGAGCUGUUGGCAGAAGCCAGGUCAGCCAAAACCUCAAGUCUCCUUUGACUCCGAAGUCACCUGCGCCUGCAGCCAUCAAGAGGCAGCUGCCUCUACAGAGCACACCCACUCCCAAGAAGACUAAGACAAGCAAAGAUUGUGGAAGCAAUCACAAAAUAGAUGGCCUUGUUCUGGAUCCUACAGGUUAUGAGGUCAAGACAUUUGAGGCCAGGAAAAAGUUCCUGACAAGUUACUUCAACGAACGACCUUACCCAAAUCCUGAUGAAGAGCUAAAGCUGUCUGAAAGUCUGAUGAUGUGGAGGUCUGAGGUUACUGGCCAUUUUGUAUCAAAGCGGAAUAUCUGUUUUAGGAGUUUUAAGUUCAAGAAACCUGCUGUGCGACUAGGCUUUAACAUGCAUGCUCUAAAUGAGUUGAAACAUGACCUGGAGAUAGACCAUGAAAGACGUUUUGGCAACUCUGCUUUGAGCUCAGCAAGUGGCAAGUCAACUGACUGCAAACCAAACAACACCCUGAAACUCAACACAUGUCCGGAGACCAUUUCCAUUGACUCGGACUCUGACGAAGAAACUGGGAAACCUAAUCCUAACGCAGACAACCUGACCGAGGAGACAACAAUUGGCUCAAAUGGUCCCCCGACAGAAACAAGUUCUUGUGAAGAAGAAAAUGACUUAAUGGCACCACUUUCUGAGAAUGGAGAAUCCUUGGAUCAAGAAGAUCUGACCAAAAACACAAAUGAUCCUGUAACUGAGACAAGCUCUUGUCUAGAAAAAGAAGAAAACAUCCAUGUGGUCCAAAUUACUGAGACUGUGGAGUCAAAUGAUCAAGACAUCCUGGGGGAAAAAACAGUUAUAGAUACAACCGAUCUGUCUACCAUGGUGAUCUCUUGUCAGGAAGACGAAAAUGAAUUCAUGGCACCACUUGCUGAGAAUGGGGAAUCCUUGGAUCAAGAAGAUCUGACCAAAAACACAAAUGAUCCUGUAACUGAGACGAGCUCUUGUCUAGAAAAAGAAGAAAACAUCCAUGUGGUCCAAAUUACUGAGACUGUGGAGUCAAAUGAUGAAGACAUCCUGGGGGGAAAAGUGAUCUCUUGUCAGGAAGACGAAAAUGAAUUCAUGGCACCACUUGCUGAGAAUGGGGAAUCCUUGGAUGAAGAAAAUCUGACCAAGAAGACUAAAGAAGACACAAAUAAUCCUUCAGCAAAGACAAUCUCUUGUGAUGAAGGAAAAGGAAAUGCCUUCAUGGCUCCCACUGAUGAGAAUGUGGAAUCCAAAGACCAAGAAAUCAUGACAGAUGAGAUGAACAUGGAGACAGAUGAUUCUUCAACUGGAAUCUCCUAUCAAGAGGAACAGGAAAAUGUUUUAAUUUCACCAACUGAUGAGAGAGUGCAGUUCAAAGACCAAGAAAUCCUGCUAGACGAGAUGAAACACACAGACUCAGAUGAUCGUUCAACAGAGACGGGCUCUUGUCAAGACGGGAAAGAAAAUGUCUGCAUGGCAUCGUGUUAGUCCCUCGUCCAUUUGUGGGGUUUAUGUUGAUGAACAGCGUUGUAUUAAAUAAGAAAACCUACCAAGACAAAUGGUUCUGGUUCAUACAUGUGCACAACUAUUUAGUCAAAUAACAUGGGUCACAAAAGCUAACAUUUUCCUAAUGCUGCACCCCCCAGCUUGUGUUGGAAAAAAGAAAAUAUAAUGAUGCAUUUUAUUUGUGGCAAUGUGUAUGUAUAGGCCAUAGUUUUUGUUGUCUAUAGUGCUAGUUUCUUUACAUUUGCUUAUUAUUUGCUGCAUAUUUGUCACAUGAUCUGAAAUGGUUAUACCAGUUUACCUAUUUCUGUUGAUCUCUACACAGAUAUCACUAGCCUUUUGUGUUGUUUCAGACUUAGAUUGUGUAAAAUAUGUCAUUUAUUUGCAUAUUUGAAUAAAAUGUUUCUUAAAAAGCUGUUUGAUUUGAACAAGUUUUUGCCAGGUCUCACAGAACUUCUUUCAAACCUUUUUUCCAGACGUAAUUAAAGUACAAAGCUUAA